CACAUUUAAUAAUGAUAAUGCGUUCUUUAAUUAAUAUUGUAACAAAGUUCAACAAAUGAUUCGGUCGUUUCUUUUGAUUGAAUUCAGUUUAACUUGAAACACUGAAGCGACGUGACGUCCCUAAUCUGUUGUCUGCACCAAUGAAAAGGGAAAAAAAAUUAAUAAAAGCAAUAUGAGGACAGUUUUGCAAUUUGGUUUAAUGUCGUUUUGUUUGUUCUAUUUAAUUGAAACCAGUGUAUUUGAUUGGGCAUUUUUUGAAUUCUUUGGUAGUGAAAAUUGCACUUCACGAGGACCGUUGUCGCCUGUUAUCUUCAUUCCUGGACUCGGAGGAAGUAAAUUACAAGCGAAACUGAACAAGACGACUGGUCCCAUGAGAUGUGCACGAGAAAGCGACUACUUUGACAUUUGGGUGAACGUGUUGCAGCUCAUAUUCUCCAUUCCAUGUUGGGUUGACAACAUGAAAUUGGUCUAUGAUAAUGUGACGCAUAAAGCGAAAAAUACGCCAGGAGUUGAGUUGAGGUUCCCUGAUUGGAGAGAUGCUGAUGCAGUGAAAUGGGUUACGCGAAAUGAAAAGGGAUUUUUCGAUGACAUUGCGAAUGCAUUGGCCAAAUGUGGUUAUAGUGAAGGCAAAAACGUUUUCGCUGCACCAUACGAUUUUCGAAAAGGACCAAAAAAUACGGAUUGGUUUGAUCGCAUGCAACAGUUGACUGAAUAUGCAUACGAAAAUAACAAUCACGUUCGCAUUACGUACAUUGCUCACUCAAUGGGCGGACGAAUGCUGUUGUAUUUCUUGCAACAAAUGCCUCAGACGUGGAAGGAUAAAUACGUGAAACGGUUCAUCGCAAUGUCGGUUCCAUGGGGCGGCAGCAUUCAGAGCAUCAUGGCCAUGUCCAUUGGAUACAAUCCUUUUCCUCCAUUCUUAUUUCCAGCCAAUGAUCACAUGAAGACUAUACAAGAGACAUUUUCAUCCCUCGCAUGGCUGCUACCUUCGGACGAUUUUUGGGCACCAACUGAAGUAUUGGCUGUUAUUAGCGGAAAAAAUUAUACACUUGAAAAUAUUGACGAAUUUUUCUAUGACAUUGGUUUGCCGAACGUUGUCGAAAUGAGAAAAGAUCAAUCUGUUUACAGUAAUGCGGCAGAACCUGGCGUUGAGAUGCACUGUUUGUUUGGAAGCAAUGCUGAUAGCACUGUUGAAAGAUUGGAGUUUAGCAAUAGUUUCGAUCAAAAUCCGGCGACAUUUUUCGGAAAUGGUGACGAGUAUGUUAAUCAAAGAUCAUUGGCUGGAUGUAAUCGUUGGUUCUCCCACAAAAUGGACGCACAAAAGAAUAAAAUUUAUCAAAAAGAAUUUUCUGGCCUCGACCAUGUUACCAUACUUGACAAUUCUGCGCCUAUAAAUUACAUUGUGGAGACUCUUACGAAUGUCAACGAUGAAAGCAAAACACUCGAGAAUAAUAUACAAAACUGACUAGAUUCCUGCCAAAAUAUUCGAUAAAUAUUUUAAGGAUUUUCAAUGACAUUUUUCCUAUACCUACUGUUGGUCGAUGAAUAUGAUGUAAGUUAGAUUACAUUAUAAUUAUUCAUAAUAAAUGCAUCAUCAUACACAGAAUAUCUCAAGCA